AAUUUUUUUUAAUAAAUAAAUAUAAUUUCAAAACUCAUCAAAAAUCUUACAAAAUUAAAAAUCAUAGUCAUAAAAAUGCAUUAAAUAAAUUACACAUUAUAUUAUUAAAUAAAUUAUAUCACAAUAAAAAUCUGAAAAACAACAUUUUAAUUCUUUGUCAUUAAAAUACUCCUGCAGUGUAUAGUAGCCCUUUGAACAAAGGAGCUUUUUCAAUUUGUUUUGAAAUCCAGUAAGACAACUCUCAUUUUUUAAAGAUAAUGGCAAUCUGUUGUAUAUUUUGACACACAUUGCAAAAGGGCUACUUUGGACCAAUUUGAGUUUAGAUAUUGGUUGGGCCAAUUUGCUAUGGGGACGUAAGUUAUGCGGGCGCGAGUAAGUAGGAAAUUCUUUUAAAUGAUUUUUAACAUAAUUACACACCUCCAAAAUAUAAAUACAUGUUACCGUUAAUACCUUGUACUGUAUGAAAUAAGGUCUGCAGCUUUCCAAGUUGUCUAUAUUUGCAAUUAUUCGAAUGCACCUUUUUUGCAAUGUAAAUAUUGAUAGAACAGAUGUUGAGUUUCCCCAUAGAACUAUGCCGUACUGAAGCCAGGCAUGUGCAUAUCCAUAGUAAGCGCUUAAUGCAGUCUCUUUGUUGGUGACUUUUUUGAGCUCGUUUAUGGCAUAAGUAAAUCUGGACAAUUUUAAGCUAAGUUUUGACAGAUGGUCCUUCCAAGUUAAAUGUGUAUCGAAUUCAAUACUUAGAAGAGGAUAUUUUUUUACGCUUUCUAGAUUAUGACCGCUAAAAGAAAAAAAUAUAUUUAAAGGUUGCUUUUGAUAAGGUUUGAAUUGCAUUAAUUUUGUUUUUGUAAAGUUAAUUUUUAAGUUGUGAUCGUUAAGCCAGUUUAUUAUAUCAGAAAUCGUCUUUUCCAAGUGAUAAUUUAGUUCUUCUGUAUUGUGGCAUGGAAAAAUGACUGAGAUGUCAUCCGCAAACAAAGUGCAAGGAGUAUUUAUUGAGCUAGGCAAAUCAUUGAUGUAAAUUAGAAAUAAUAUACAUCCUAGAACGCUCCCUUGAGGUAUGGAUUUUGUAACAUUCAAUUUUGAUGAAGAUAUAUUAAUAAUUUUUCUCUUUUCAAAAUUGUAAUGUCGAACUUGUACGUAUUGUUUCCUAACUGUAAGGUAUGAAGCAAACCAAUCAUGAACAAUUCUGCGAAUUCCAAUAUCAUACAGUUUGUAAUAUUAAAAAAUGAGUUUUUGAAAUGGUCAGGCCGAAAUCAAUUAAAAAAGAAUAUUCGGGCGCCUGGACUGUACCAUCAUUAUUAGCCGGGAGAACAUUGGAAUAUUAAUCGCAAAGGGGGCUUAAUGCAAAUCCAUAUUCAUUUUGGGUUGUCUAUAUAUUGAAAUUUUAAGUCCAAAAUUACUUAAGUCCGAAAGGGUUAUAUCUAAAUUUAGAAACUAUUACUUAUAUACUGUGAUGCUACUAGGAAUUAAAUGAAAAUUUACCUUAUUAUUAGAAUGUUACCGACCCCGCUGCAUUUGAUCUGGGUAGUAUAUGUCUGGUGGUGUAAAUAUGUAGGGGAUGGCCGUUUAUCCCGUGGGUUCACCUCCGCCUCAUGGGAAACUUCAUAAUUUGAAUAAGAUAUCCAAAUAAAAAUCCAUAUAAAAAAAAACGCUUUUCGCGUUUUUUCAAUCAAAUUAAGCUUGGAAUGCGAUAAUCCGCCAUUCCGAACAAAAGGUGCAAAAUGUUACAUCAUUAAAAAAUAAUAAGAUCAGUAUGAAUUACUUUGUAAUUCAUUAAGAUUAACAGCGAGACAUUUCGCUCUCUGUAAAAUCGCGACGUGAAGUAAAAUGACAGUUUUUUUCUUAAGUUUGUUUUCUCUUGCCGGUAGGCAAAGAGAACAACGUCCAUUCAGCCUACUGCUUGAUAAAGUUAGCAACAUAAUUAUUCAAAAGUGCACAGAUUACAGAAAAUGGGCGCGAGAUAAAAACGACCAGAGAGACAACCAAAAAAAAUCUUCUAUCUCGCUCUUCGAGCGAAGGAGAUCCAUGUGACGUUUUUAACACGUUACAAGUUUUUGUAAGAGUAUUUUGUAAUCAACCCGAUCAUAAGCCUUCCUCAUGUCUAAUAAUAGUCCUAUGGCGUAUUGUUUUCUAUCAAUUAUUUUAUUUAUUUCUUUAAUAUACUUAAAAACAGCAUUGGUAGUCGAACGUUGUUUUCUAAAUCCAUUUUAACACUCACUAAAUAUUUUAAAUUUUUCGCAAUAUUUGUAGAGGCGCUUUGACAUCGCUGCCUCGAAUACUUUUGAAAAGGUUGGAAGGAGUGCUAUAGAUAUAAAAAUGAUCAUAUUGACUGGAAAUAAUUUAUGUAAGCGUCAACAAGAGCUCAACGCCAAAGUCAACGAGGCAGUUGUUAGUAAGAUUAAUUUCGAAGAUAUCAAGGAUGAACCAGAAGCCACGGAUGUCGACAAACUCUUCAAAAUCGAUGUGGCUGCAAAAUACAAAAACUCUCCGUAUGUCAUUGAAGUGUUAAAAUGUGGAGAUAGCCUCUAUAUUUCUCGAGUACUGAAAAAGUGCACUUGGCUUUUCAACAAUGAUUAUUCUAAUGUCAUCAAUACAGACUAUCUGCAUCACAAUAUUUUUCCGUUCAUGUCAGUUAAAAUGAAGAGAAAGCUUCUAACCGCCGUAUCGACGAACCUGAAGAGCGAAGCGCGUGCCACUGAUUUUUACAAGUAUUGUCUACGUGUUAAGCUGGCCGAAUUAGCUGACAAAUUUUUACUGCAAACUUCCGAAUCAUUCAAAUUAAAUUACUUGGAAAACGACGUUCUUAACAACGAUAUUAAAUAUGUAAAAUCCUUUAUUGGACAUUCUUUUGCAUUACUUGAUGCAUAUAUCAGCAAACAAUCUGAAUACAGCACAUUAGAUAUACGCGAAUUUCGACAUCUGUAUUCAGUAUCAGAAGAGAAAUAUUUGGAUUUGUUGGAGAAACAUGCCAAAAUCGACCAAUCUCGGCGUGGCAGUAAUAAUUUACUUGGAUUGAGAAUUUCUAAACAUAUUAUGACAAAACAUAAAAAACGUGUAUUAAAAAAUCCCUAUCUAUAUCUUAACCUAUUGAACAGUUGUAAAAUUGUUCGCCAUAGUAACAGUGAGGAUGCCAAAGUUUAUGUUGUCAGCCUCAUGCCAAAGGAAGCGUCUAAUUUCUGGGCAAUAGAUUUUUACACUAAAUAUAAAUAUAUUAUAAACGUAAUACCAGAAAAUGAACGAUAUACCUUUUUACAGAAAACUUUUACUAGUCACUAUCCUUCUGAAGAGUUUGAGACAAAUAAAUUCUUCUAUGGUCAAAAUUACUAUAAUCUAAUGUCACUAGACGAGCGAGAAAAUUGGGCUUUACAACAAAUAGAGAUUGGAAAAGAGUUACAUGGCCCCGGACGAGAUUUCGUUUGGUACAAAUUCGUUAAUUUCGAAAAAGCAUUUGUAGAAUUGAAGAAGUAUAUCAAAACUGCUACCAAUCCAAAUAAAAGGAAGGAAAUCAUACAAACUUUAGUUGAUUCCACCAAAAAUCAACGCGAAAUAGAACAAGUUCUGAAAUAUUAUUUCGAAAGACACAUAAAUGAGUCAAGAAGUAGCAAAGAAUUCUUUGUAUCUACAGUUAUGAGCCGCCAUAAGGUCUUCAAGUUUGACAACGAUUGCUGGGCUGCGUUUGAUAAAUUAUUGCUUAGUUUAAAUGUUUAUAAUACAAAUCACGGUAACGUUAAUUUCAAAAUUGCGUCUAUCCUCUAUCAUAUAUUAAAUAAAAAACCAUUACCAGAUUCUUUAGAAGAAUAUCUUGAUAGUAAUCUAAGUACUUAUUCUUUUAAAUCGUAUAUAGACGAGUUUUCUGAUGAAGAAAAACUGGCAGUUUAUGAAUACAUCUCUAACUUUUAUCUAAAGAAAAUAGAAAGUUUUCUUCCCAUUCCUAAAGAUUCAAAAGAGCUGCAAGAGACAAAAGCAAGAGUGAUACUGUAUAUACAUUUUCUUUUAGAGUUCAUGGCAAUGUAUAAAAAGGAGCAAAAAGAUAUACCAGACGUUGUGAUGAAAUUCAUAAAACUAGAUCACGAUGCGUUUAAAUAUCACCAAAUACUCGAAAAGGAAAAAAUACAGGAACUUACAGAAAACAGACUAUUAAAAUAUUUAAAAGAAGAUGCGCAACGUUUAGUUGAUAGUUUAAAAGACUUAGAGUCAGCCAUAACAUAUAAUAGGGAUUUUAGAAUAAAUACUCUAUUAAAAAAGUUGAAAAUAUACUUCGCCGAUGAUAUUUCGAAAGAAUACAUAAAGUAUUUCCAUCAGAUGUUAACCAAUAAAUUGACUCACGGCACUGCAGCUACUGCUGUGUUUGGAAUUUUUCAACUUGGCGAUGAAACUACAAAAAUUUUAUUAAUGAACAAAUACUCGCCCGCCUGCCCAAAACUAGACUAUAACCAGUUAGAUUUGGGCCUUUUAACUAUUCAAGAAAAGAUUUGUCGGUUUGCGUGUUAUUCCCGUCCUCCUGUGCCUUUGUCAAUAAUGCUUAAGUAUUUGGUCGGCGACUACGUACGAUUCUGCUUACCCAUGUUCAAUAUGUAUCUGGCAAACCUACCGCAACCUUUAUGUAUAAACUUCGUACAAUCUAUUAUAAAUUCUCCAGUAUCAAUACAGAAACAUGGCCUACGAUUAGCUUUUCAAUGCUUCGGCGCAGAAAAUUUAAAUAAACUCAUUUUGGAUUCUUGGAAGAAAACGACAAAUGUUUCGCUACGGGGCGUUAUGUACAAAACGUUCUUCAAAAAGGCUGUGGAAGAAGAUUCCAGGGAAUAUUUUAAUGUAUUGAAGACACUUACAGCAGAUCUAACCGCAGAUGACGAUGAAGAAAUAUUUAAUGCGUUGACGCGUCCAAGAUUGUCUAAAGAGUUUUUAGGCGAAUUUGUCGAGGUUUUAUGGGGAACUGUACAAAAAUUUCCUAACAAUGAAACUAAUUUAUUUCGCAAAAGAAAUAUUAUUAGUUGUAUCGAUAACAACUUAAAGCUAAUGAAGAAAGAUAUAUUAAAAAGUAUAAUUAAUGAACAUAUUAUGAAAAAUUUGUUCCAAGAGAGUAUUGUAGAGAUGAAAGUUACCAUAGUCAAUUUUAUCGAAGCUAAGUGGGCUCUCGUAGCUCAUUAUAUAGUGUACUUUACAAAUUCUGAAGCGGACCGUAAGGAAAGCAUAGAUUUAGCGACGUUUAUAGUCAAACAUUGCUAUGAAAAUUGGAACAAGACUGUCGCAGAUGUUUACAUUUUCCGUCGUUUAUGUUUUAAUUUUAUCAAGAAGUUGGAUGGAAAGAGUCUAUCCGAUAGCAUUAAUAAUUAUGAAGAUACUAAUUGCGUGUUUGAAGAGAUUUUAGCUCAACUGCAGUCCAUUUUGCCGCUUGAUGAAAUUUAUAUUUGCGUAUGGCAAAUUCGACUUAAGAUUCUUACUAGUAAAUUAGCAGAAUCUUGUAGACAGAAGCGAAAGUUUGAAGUGAUGGGUGGACCUUCAUUGAUAUACGGAAAUGCGAUAGGAAAUUUGGUGAAGGAGUUUGUUGAAAAGAAGAUUUAUUUUUCAUAUUUUUUCAAGGAUAUCGUUGAAAUAGUAGAUGUUUAUGCUCGUGUCUUAGUACACGGUAAUAUAUUAGCUUUUGAUGCGGGUGUUACAUGUAACGAUGUUUUGAUGGAUAUUGCGCGUGGUCUAUUACAAUGUGAUAUGCCUGAAACUUGUGCGUUUGCACUGCAGUUACUGCCACAAGACCUAGAUGAUAACGAGUCAGAUAAUUACAAAGACGUUUUUGACAAGUUACGUGGAAAGGCUGAUAUGGAGGUGAAAUGUUCUCUGUAUGCGAAAUAUUACAGUGACUGCAAAAGGCGACGUUUCUUGUAACAAAGCUUUUUUCCACUUUUUUUAAUAAUUGUUAAAAAUUCAUUGAAAGUAAACAUAACAGUAUUGUAAAAGGUAUAACCCAGUAUUUGUAUAUUUAGUUAUAAUAUCUUCGUUAUAGUAUAAUUGUUUUCAACAACGUGUUUAAAGCGAAAGCGAAGUGCCUUGUGAUCUAGAAAUACUCUCACAUUUUACCUGCAUAUAUGAAGCUUUUUACUUAACAUAGGUAGUGUUAUGUUCCCAAUGUGACCUACUCUUUUACCUGCGACCCAAGUGAGGUCUUGAAAAAAUGUUAUGUAAAUGUAACAUCAAUUGAGGGGUAUACAAUCAAAGUUGGUACAGUCCACAUUGCCAAAAUGUUCAGUAAUAAACGAUAAAAACGAUUAUUUUAAUAAUUACAGGUAACUAUUCUAAUGUUAAACAUUGAUAUGCAGAAUAUAAUAUAUUAUGGAAAUACAAGUGUUCAACACGUUCAGUUCAAUACUUUUGAGUAAAACCUUAAGUAUAAGAUGGACUUUCCUAGUUUUGUUACCAAGUUUUGGACUUUACUGAGUUUGUAACUGUAACACAACCAAAGAGCAUUACAACAUCAAAGGCGGCCAUGACAGCUGUCAGUGAAAUGUAGGCAAUGCAGCCUUCCUAUUGGUCGAAAAGGUCUUUACGCAAAUUGAAACUCAACUUACUUGGGCUUAGCUUCAUUUGUUUGUAAAGUAAAUUUUCAAUUUGAAAUAACAGACGAGAUUUCUAGAAUUUGUAUAAAAUUAUUCUACGGGAUAAAUAUAAAUACGGAUAUGAAUGUGCUGUAAUUACAAUCUCACUUUAAAAAUUUUGUGGACUUUACCAACUUUGAUUGUAUACCCCUGAAUUAUGAUAUUAAAAUACGUGCCUUAUGUUACCGUUAUAGACAAGAAUGGACUGAGCCUUCUGUGUCUAAAUGUAAAGUAAAACUGAGGCCCAAGCAUACAUUUUUGACAGUUCCGUAACGUAUCGCAUCGUCAGUGUUACGCGUUACGAAAAGUGUGUUCGGGCGAGGCGAACUUGAGUGGAGGAUAUAAGCAAGAGAAAGCAAUACACGCGCACAUUUUCUUUCUCUUAUAAUUAGUAAAUAUGUAUAUGUACAUACAUGUAUACAUACAGAUGGAGCUGAAGAAGUUUCACUUCAGUUGUGUGGUCAUAGGCACACUCGUUUUAUCCAUACUUUGACGAUACGAUACGGAACGGAGUAAAAAUCAUCGUGCUAUGGCCUCUGAACAGAUAGCGUGAGAUAGACGACACUAUCGUUCGGUUAAUAGUUCUAUAAUUAAUUUGGCUUCACUAUUGAUUUUUCUUUUUCUUGAGAGAAACUUUAUACUAAUGUUGCUCAGUCCAUCAUCUUAUGUGUGCUAGAAAUACAGUGAUUCUUUAACUACCCGCAAGGCGGUUCACAUAGCGUACAAAUUUGUAACUAAGUUCUGAUAAAGUUCCCGUAACUUAAAAAGUGCAUUUAAAUGUUGUAAAUUAAGGUGAUACAAUCGUAAAUUUAGUAUAUAGUAAAUUAACAAAGUACCUUUAUUUACUCUUAAGAUUGUUUAUAUAAUUAACAAGUUCAACUUCUUAAUUAUAAUGUUAUUUUUUUUAUUACUUUUAUACUUUUGCAGUACUCAGACUAUUCAGCGCCUAUUGCUUGAAAUUUAUAAAGUUUUUAGUACCUUUAAAUACUAAUUUAAAAGGGAUUUAUUUUUCUGAGGUUGCUCCGCGAGAGUUAUUGUUUGUAUUUAACCGUUUAUUUUUUUUAUAUAAACAAAUAUAUUUCUUUAU